CGGGGCAGGGCGGAAGCGCUGCUAGGCAUCCGGAGCGAGGAUUCCAGGGUCUCUGGGUCAGGAGCGCGCGGGCGCGGGGCUGGAGCCGGCGUCGGUCACGGCAUCGGGGGCCUGGACUGCACAGCCCGGCAGCAGGCCGGCCAUGGAGCCGGGCAGCGUGGAGAACCUGUCCAUCGUGUACCGGAGCCGCGACUUCCUGGUGGUCAACAAGCACUGGGACGUUCGCAUUGACAGCAAGGCGUGGUGGGAAACUCUUACGCUACAAAAGCAGCUGCGGCACCGCUUCCCGGAGCUGGCCGACCCCGACACCUGCUACGGGUUCAGGUUCUGCCACCAGCUGGAUUUCUCCACCAGCGGGGCACUGUGCGUGGCCCUAAACAAGGCAGCUGCUGGCAGCGCAUACAGGUGCUUCAAGGAGCGGCGCGUGACCAAGGCUUACCUGGCACUGCUGCGGGGGCACAUCCAGGAGAGCCGGGUGACCAUCAGCCAUGCCAUCGGCAGGAACGGCACGGAAGGCCGGGCCCACACCAUGUGCAUCGAGGGCACGCAGGGUUGUGAGAACCCAAAGCCAAGCCUCACGGAGCUCGUGGUUCUGGAACACGGGCUGUACGCAGGCGAUCCUGUCUCCAAAGUGCUGCUGAAGCCACUCACGGGCCGGACACACCAGCUGCGCGUGCACUGCAGUGCCCUGGGCCACCCCGUGGUGGGCGACCUGACCUACGGAGAGCCCUCAGGCCAGGAGGACCGACCAUUCAGAAUGAUGCUGCACGCUUUCUAUCUGCGUAUCCCCACGGAUGCCGAGUGUGUAGAGGUCUGCACUCCUGACCCCUUCCUGCCCUCUCUGGACGCCUGCUGGAGCCCCCAAACCCUGCUGCAGCCGCUGGACCAGCUUGUGCAGGCCUUACGGGCCACCCCUGACCCUGACCCUGAGGACAGGGGCCCCAGGCCAGGCAGCCCCUCCGCGAUCCUGCCUGGGCCUGGCCGGCCCCCUCCACCCCCCACCAAGCCCCCUGAGACUGAGGCACAGCGGGGCCCCUGCCUGCAGUGGCUGUCAGAGUGGACGCUGGAGCCAGACAGCUGAGAGCCGUGGGGCUGGGGCAGGGGGUGGUAGCUGCACAGCAGAACUCUAGGGAGAUGAGCGAGCAAGCGUGUGGUCACCAGCUCUGGGGCCUCGAGGUACCCGGGAACAUCAGGCCCACUGGACUGCCCUGGCCAGGGCUGUGGGGAAGGGCUGAGGUGGGGCCGGCAGGGGGCGCCAGGCAGCCGUGAUCACAGGCGACAACAUCGCACUGCGGCUGUGGGACUGAUGCUGGAUCCUGAGGACCUUACUACCCGUAUGCCUCGGGAGAAACCGAGGUCCUUCCCUCCUCCUGGAAUAGCUUCUGGAUCCCAAGCUUCACCCCAGGGGCGUCAGUUUUAUGGACUGAAGAGGUAGGGCCAGGUUUUAGGCUUGCCUUUGCUUCCAGGAUGGGCCACUCCUGGGCCCAGUCAGCUACUGGCCCCAGCCUAUCCCCUAGAGGGGCUGGGAAGGGCCAUUCUGAGCUCACCUGGCCUGGGAGACCCAUCUGGUCCCUGUGUCCUCUGCCCCUCGCUGCUCUGCAGAUCCUCUUGCCUUCGGCUGCCUCCUUCCGAGACCCAACGGUUCCUGCUGGGCCGUUGUGUGCCUCGUGUGUGCCUCGGCCUCACUGUAUCUGUGGCUCCCUCUCUGCCCGGAUUCUGAGCUCAGUGUGGUGCUUGCUGCACAUACGUUGGUCAGGGGCCAUGGCCAAGGCCCUGCCACGCACACCCAUCCCUCAGAUCCGCCGUGAGCACCAGCCUGCUGCAGUCUCCCAGGCCCCUGCUAACAGUUCUCCCACGUCACCGCUUGCCUGGCUCACACAUAGCCGUGCAUUGUCACUCUGCCUCCGGGACCCCAGCUUGGGAGCUGUGGGCCUGCCGGGUCUCACCUCCUCUGUCUCCCACGCUACAGCCCAGGCUCCUGGCUACAGCGGGGCUCCAGGGACUCCAAAUAAAUGCUCACUGACUGGCUUCAA